AUGGAUGAAGAAAUUGCAUCUCACUUGAACGAGGAUCUUGUCGCAGACCUCCUGUCGCAAUUUCAGCGCAAGUCUCAUUCACCAAUACCUGAAGGCUCACCAGGACCUUCCAAAUCACAGCUGGCGGUAGAGACUCCGACAAUUUCUAAUAGUGAUGAAUAUGACUUCCUCCCCGGACAUUUUGAUGUCCGUUGUGUUAUAAGUGAGGCAAUAGAGACUACGAAAGAGCCUUCCUAUCUAGUCAAAUUGCGCAGUGGAGAAACUGAAACGAUGUCGUCUUCUCGACUUGAGAGGCUAAGCAACGGACCCGAAGCCCUCACACGUUUCCAAAAUACAGAACAAGUCUACGGAAGCUCAUUACAGUCCCCGCCCAGCAUGGCUUCCUCGUCCAAUGAAGAGGGAUAUACUUCAUCUGAGUCAGGGGCAAGGCGACGCUCUACUCGGGCUGGAAAUACUCAGUUCACAGAUUUCUUUAGCCGUAUGAGCAGUGAGGACGAGGAAUCUCGAUCUAGAUCUUCUUCGAGUGAUGAUGUUAUCAUAUCGGCUACGACAACUACCAGGAAAAGACGUUUAAGGAGGCGCAAACAAGUCAAGACACGUUUAGGAGGCACAGAUAAGGAAAGCGACUAUGCCCCAAGACCUACAGGCUCGCGGUGUUCAACCCGGCAGCGGAAGACACUUCGAAAAAAUCUCAGGGAGAGGUAUGAAGAGGACAUUUCUGAGUUUGAAGAUGUUGCCAAGACACAGAAGUUCUUCGGAGCAAAAGAAUUAUUUCGCAAGAUCCCAUCUGAUGACCCAUUCCGAAGUAUUCAUAACGAAAUGUGCGCAGUUUGCUACCGUAGUGGAGAUGACUAUGCGAAAGGCCCUCUUGUCUUUUGCCAGGGAUGUACAAGCGCUUAUCACCAAGCUUGCCUGGGUCCUAGAGCUACACGCGAACACCUUGUAACUAAGGUUUCGGAUGACUUGUUUGUUCUUCAGUGUCGUCGUUGCCUAGGUGUUGCCCAUACGAAAGACCAGGUCUGCCCACACCAAGGCCGCUGUACCGCAUGUGCUAAGAAAGGGAAUAUGUCUAAACCACUUCGGGAGCGCUUGACGCCAAAGCAGGAGCAGCAGCUUCGGCAGGAAAAUGAUGGCAAAGAUCCUAUUACCCUUGUGGAUAUGGCUCGUUUGAAUAAUAUAGCCAACUUACUCUUUCGCUGUACUGAAUGUCAUAGAGCGUUCCAUUUUGACCAUGUCUCUGCGGAUCAUGAAACGACAGGUCGUUGCGGAGACUGCUCUUCAGCCCGUGGAGAGAUCGGUGCAAUAGUUGCCUGGCGGCCAACGGACCUUAAGACAUACGUUGCUGGGUACAGCGCGAAUAUCAUGGAGGAGGUCGACAAAGAGUACCUAAUAAAAUGGAAAACAAUGUCUUAUAAUCAUACUACCUGGGUGCCUGGCAGCUGGGCUUGGAGCGUUGUAAGUCCGGCCAUGCGACGAGCUUUUUUCAGAUCAAACAAAAACUCGAACCCAGAUAUGACAACUGAAGAGGCAAUACCGGAGGACUUCCUUCGAGCGGACAUUCUUUUCGAUGUCCAGUACGCAGAUAACGACAAUGACGACAGCUCGGAGGAUCGAUCUAUUGAAAAAGAUAUAUCACGGGUUGAUAAGGUGUCUAAAGCCUACAUAAAGUUCAAGGGCCUAACAUAUGAGGACGCAGUAUGGGACUCGCCACCUGACCGUAAUAAUGCUGAGAGGUGGGCCGAUUUCAAAACUGCAUACGAGGACUGGGUAAAACGUGAUUACACUUAUAUGCCAAACCAACAAUCUCUCAGAAAGCACCUGGAUCAGGUCAGAAAGCAAAACUUCAAGAAAAGUAUAGUCAAAGAAACACAACCUGAAACUAUGACAGGGGGGCAACUGAUGGACUAUCAAAAAGAUGGUUUGAAUUGGCUUUAUUACAUGUGGUUCAAACAGCAGAACGCGAUUCUUGCUGAUGAAAUGGGUCUAGGGAAGACCAUCCAAGUGAUUGGCCUGUUUGCAACUUUGAUACAGUAUCAUAAAUGCUGGCCAUUCCUUGUUGUAGUACCCAACUCGACAUGUCCAAACUGGCGGAAGGAAAUAAAGGCAUGGGUUCCCUCUAUUCGGGUGGUCACAUACUACGGAUCCUCGUUCUCGCGUCAACUAGCGCAGAAGUAUGAGAUGUUUAAUGAGGGCAGCCAUGACCUAAGGUGCCAUGUAGUUGUGACUUCCUAUGAAACCAUGGCCGAUGAUGCCUCCCGAAGAGUCCUCGCCAAAGUACCCUGGGCUGGCCUGGUCGUCGAUGAAGGCCAACGUUUGAAAAAUGACAAAAGUCAGUUAUAUGAGUCACUGUCUCGGAUUCACUUCCCUUUCAAACUUCUAUUGACGGGCACCCCUCUGCAAAACAACACCAGGGAGUUGUUCAAUCUUCUCCAAUUCUGCGACCCAACGAAGAAUGCAGAGGAACUGGAGAACGAGUAUGGAAUACUAUCAAAAGAGAAUAUUCCUGAGCUUCACAACAUGAUCCGACCAUUUUUCCUACGCCGGACAAAAGCCCAGGUGCUCACUUUUCUUCCACCGGUGGUCCAGAUCAUUGUUCCAGUAUCUAUGUCCGUGGUCCAGAAGAAGUUGUAUAAGUCGAUUCUGGCGAAGAACCCACAGUUGAUCAAGGCCAUCUUCCAGCGAAAGAAUGACAACCAGGGUCCCAAACAAGCCGAACGCCAAAACCUGAACAAUAUCCUGAUGCAGCUUCGAAAAUGCUUGUGCCAUCCAUUUAUCUAUAGUACAGCUAUUGAAGAGCGGACAAACAAUGCUGCUACAUCUCACAAGCAUCUAGUAGAGGCGGCUGGAAAGCUCCAGCUCUUACAACUAAUGCUGCCGAAGCUCAAAGAGCGCGGUCAUAGAGUUUUGAUCUUCAGUCAAUUUCUUGACAACUUGGAUAUAGUUGAGGAUUUUCUUGAUGGGUUGGGGCUUUUGCAUCGCCGCCUUGAUGGAAGGAUGUCAUCUUUGGAGAAGCAGAAAAUGAUUGAUCAGUACAAUGCUGAAGACUCGCCAUACUUCGCAUUUUUGCUUUCCACCAGAUCUGGAGGUGUGGGCAUCAAUCUUGCCACUGCAGAUACCGUCAUAAUCAUGGAUCCUGAUUUCAACCCUCACCAGGACAUGCAAGCAUUGUCGCGUGCUCAUCGCAUUGGACAAAAGAACAAGGUGCUUGUGUUCCAACUGAUGACCCGGGGUAGCGCUGAAGAGAAGAUCAUGCAGAUUGGUAAGAAGAAGAUGGUACUAGAUCAUGUACUGAUUGACCGAAUGGUCUCAGAAGAAGACGACGGGCAGGACCUGGAGUCUAUCCUUCGACACGGAGCUCAGGCGUUAUUUGAAGACGAUGAUUCAGGGGAUAUACGAUAUGAUUCUGCGUCUGUCGAUAAGCUUCUUGACCGCAGUCAAGCUGAACAGGCUUCGUUUCCCAAUGAGGACGCCCCUGAAUCCCAGUUUAGCUUCGCUCGGGUCUGGGCGAACGAAAACCAGAAUUUAAGUGAAUUACAGGACACAGAGGAUCCUACAUCAGAUAACAGUGCUAUCUGGGAGAAGAUCCUCAAGGAGCGAGAAGAGGCGGCAGCUGAAGAAGCCAGAAAAGCCGAAACCUUUGGACGUGGAAAGAGAAAGCGGGUGACAGUUGACUAUUCAAAUACUGUUACUACGGGACUAUCCCCUACGAAAACGCCUCGUAAACGAGAUGCUGAAAGCGACACCGAGUUCAAGGGCGAAGAUGUCGUGGAAUCUGAGUCUGACUCUUUCCCCGAGCUAGAGGCUGAAGAACGUCCGGCGAAGAAAACGAAAGUACGCGCAUUCGAACGAGUCAAUCCCAUAACCGACCACGACCUCUCGAUGAGCGCGGCAGGCAUGGACGGCCCCACGGAGACCCGGCCCUCGUGCUUCGCCUGCAAUCAGAAUCACCCGGUCGGCUCCUGUCGUUUGAAACUAGCCGGCGUGGAGCAUUGCGGCCUCUGUGGCCUUGCGCAUUUUGGGAUCUCCCGCACCUGUCCUCAUUUACAAUCAGACACUCAAGUGGCCAGAAUGCUGGACGCGCUGAAGCAAAGUACCGAGGACCCCGACCUCGUCCUUCAAGCAAAGAAAUAUUUGACCGGUAUUCGCGGUGACCUUGCACAGCGUAAAAGAAGGCAGGCCAGUAAGGCUCCAGGUAGUCUCACAGCAAGCCAUGGUACACCUGGUGGUGCGACUCCCACCGCUGUUAACACCACCGCCACAAAGCCGCCAGUAGCCAACUUGACAGAGAAUGUACGGCUUGCUAAACCGGCGACACAGUCUGGGACGGAUCUCAGGUUCCUUCAGUCCUACAACCAGAGGUUCUGA